AUGGCGGACGGUUACCGGCUGUGGGCUCCCUCGCCCUUGGACGAGUCGCUGGGCUGGCUGCGGGGAACGCGGCCGCAACCUCCGCCCGCCGCCUCGGCGCACCCCUUCCGCUGGGCCGGCCUGCAGGCGGCGGCGGGCGGGCAGCGGGGCGGCGGGGCCGCGUUGCCGCGGCCGCAAGCCGUGAGGUUGCAGAGCCUCGACGCCGUCUUCGAGCGGCUGGUUACGGCGCAGCCGCCGCGCCGGAUCGGCGUCCUGCGCGUUUCGGAGCGCUCGGCUUUCUGCAGGGUGGUCGACCCGCGGCGGUGGCGGGCCCGCGGGCUGCGGGAGGCGGAAGCGAGGGUGGUCGCCGCCAUGUGCCAGCAGAUGAUGCGCGCCAUCCUGCUGCUGUACGCUGCCUACAAGAAGUGCGCCUUCGUCCUGCAGCACACCCACUGA